AGGGAAAUUCCUACUUAUGCAGCUGUGGUUGUAUGCAAAGGUUUUAUUUCUGCUGCAAUGCAUGAAACUGUAGGAGUAAAAUGUUGAAGAAUAUAGUUAUAAUACAGUUUUUUCCCCUCAGUCGACACUCGAUGUGGUCCAGGCCCCGCCAGCAAUGACCCGCUCCGUGUUUUACAAGCCUCUCACCGCCGCAGUGGGAGGAAGUUGAACCACAAAGCAAGCAGUGCCACUGUGCUAGCAAAGGGAAGAAAAAAUACAGAAAAUAUAAUCGAAGGACUUAACUGAACCAUGUGCCAUACAGGAGCUGGAAAACGAACAGCUUAAACCGAAAGGAGCGGACAGAAACGCUUGGCACGCGGCCAGCCGGGAAGCAGCGGACCGGACAGCUACUUAGCCGAGUACGGGCUCCCUCAGCGCGGAUAGCCUGGUAGGCAGGAGUCGCUCGUGGCUGGAUUGUCGGAGCUCGACGACCCGCUCGGCUCCCCUCGGUUUUUUUUUUUUUUUUAGAGACACUCAGGACUGGCAGCGGUGUGUCCGUGUUUGGUGUUACCAGCAGCGGCCAGAAACGCCGCUUCUACCCGCUUAAACUACAAGUUUACAGCGGAGAGGGAAAGUUAUCGGUCACCCGAGCGGCGGACUACCGCUGGCCGGCCGAGCUCCAUCUCCCAGCGGCGCUCCCUCCCUCUCUCUCUCCCUCCCCCCUCCUCCACCACCGCCGCCACCAUCACAGUCACCAUCAGCCCACAGUCAGUAGCUCUCUGCUGGGUCUCCAGGCGAGGAGGGUCCCCCCCCUUAACGCUCGGGGUAACUCAACAAGCAGCUAUGGAUUAUUUUCUGCGGGUUUGUCAUUAUUUUUGACUCCACUUGGACUCUCGAAGACUCCAUUUUUUUGGGUUCUUUUCCCCGGGAGACGCUGCGAGACUUCCCCAAUACGAGCAGCCAGUUUUUACUCCUCGCAGCCGUUAGCUUAUUAAGUCUGUCUGAAAUCGAGCCAGUGUUAACAGUUUAGUGCCAGCUGGUGACCGUGUUAGCUACUGGCAACGAGGGCAUUUUAACGUCUCUCCUAAACCCAAACUGGAUGUAUAGUUUGAUUAAUCUCUCUAUACAUUAUUCGUUAGUUAGCCUACUGGGCUAGCAGGUUUCAUUUUGCUAGCUAGCGUGGUAGCUAACUAGCGGACGAACCCAAAUAUCGAUAUCGCCAGCAGGGCUAAAAACUGAGCUAGCUUCGCGGACGUGUUGGACUUUGGCUCGUGAUAACUCGAUUACACCCGCUUGCCCGGGCUGGAUUUUGGUGCUAAACCUCUUAAAGUGUUUAACCACAUCUUUUCGGGCGACAUUUUUCGGUGAUUGAUGAGCCGAUAAGGAGGAACAUUGCAGCCCCUACACAGGAAGCCAGCGGCGGCAACGACGGCAACAUAAACAACCGCGGUGUGGUGGUGUGUGGAUCUUUUUCUUUCUUUUUUUUAGGGAAUGCAGAUCAUGAGUCCUGGCUCAUCUUUAACCUGCGCUUGUGUGGUUUUACAUGUGCCAAACUGCGCCUGAGAGACUUGCAUUUUUUGGGGGGGUUGCACCAGCAGAGAUCCACUGAGGACGAAGUAGCACCCUGAUGGUACACAUUUCAACCUGUCGCCCAGUGUCCUCCCUCCUUUAUUUCCCCCUUUUCAGCCUCUGUAGUUGUUAUUUGAGACCAACUACACGUGUUUUAUCACUGUAACCCUGGUGUCGAGGCACAGAAAGGAGCCAGCCACAUUCCCCCCUCCUCCUCCUCCUCUCUUACUGUGCAGCCUCUUGAAAUCUGAACAUUUUUUUUCAACCGCACCAGUGUUUACAUUUUGAGGAAAAUCCCUGAAACACAUGCAGCAGCACCGGAGACAAACCGACAGCCGUUUGGACACAUUUCCAUCGAGAGGUUCCCCGGAGACCCGUGGGGUUUGACAGCUGUCUCCAACAUCCAGCAUCUGGUUGCAUCUCCCGAUCUCUGUGAGACAUAUCACAUUACUACAAACCAGAUCUCAUCAGUCUUUAUUUUUCCUCCACAAAUCGCCCCUGAAGAAACCUGCAUUUUUUUGCACUAAAUGGGGAUUACAAGCUCGGUGAUCUAACGGGCCUUGUGACUGUAAUUUCUUGAGUAACCUGUCACCUAAUGUCUUCCCUCCUGAAUUUCCUUUUUUCUGUCACAAUGAUGGUAGUUUGAGGCGAAGUGAGCGAGACUACAACCCGGAGACAACGACGCGGUUCCCAGUCGAUGGUCAGCCCCGCCGUCCGCUCAGCCGGCCCCGUCGCGCACCUCGGCCCUUGAUGUUGGUCAUAUCUGGUGCAGGACGUUGUUUUUUAAUCCCGUGAAACAUAAAAAAACCCCACCCACCCCCUGAGCCCGGUUAUUUUAUUGAUUUGGUCGUCCCAGGGUCGAAAGAUGGCGGACCUCGAAGCAGUACUCGCCGAUGUCAGUUAUUUGAUGGCGAUGGAGAAGAGCAAAUCUACUCCAGCGGCCCGGGCGAGUAAGAAAAUCAUCCUGCCUGAGCCCAGUAUUCGCAGUGUGAUGCAGAAGUACCUCGAGGAGAGAGACGAACUGACAUUUGACAAAAUUUUCAACCAGAAAAUUGGCUUCCUACUGUUCAAGGACUUCUGUAUGAACGAGAUCGACGAGGCCGUGCCGCAGCUCAAGUUCUACGAAGAAAUUAAGGACUACGAGAAGCUGGACUCGGAGGAGGAGAGGUUGAGCCGCAGUCGGCAGAUUUACGACGGCUACAUCAUGAAGGAGCUCCUGUCCUGUUCACAUCCAUUCUCUAAGAAAGCUGUGGACCACGUGCAGAGUCACUUGCAAAAGAAACAAGUUCCCCCGACUCUCUUCCAGCCAUACAUAGUGGAGAUCUGCGACAGCUUGAGAGGGAAGAUCUUCCAGAAGUUCAUCGAGAGUGAUAAAUUUACCCGUUUUUGCCAGUGGAAGAACGUGGAGCUCAACAUCCAUCUGACCAUGAACGACUUCAGCGUUCAUCGGAUCAUCGGCCGGGGCGGCUUCGGAGAGGUGUACGGCUGCAGGAAGGCCGACACAGGAAAGAUGUAUGCCAUGAAGUGUCUGGACAAGAAGAGGAUCAAGAUGAAGCAGGGAGAGACUCUAGCGCUCAACGAGAGAAUCAUGCUGUCGUUAGUCAGCACAGGGGACUGCCCGUUCAUCGUGUGUAUGACGUACGCCUUCCACACCCCCGACAAGCUCUGCUUUAUCCUGGACCUCAUGAACGGGGGCGACCUGCACUACCACCUGUCUCAGCACGGCGUGUUCAGCGAGAAGGAGAUGCGUUUCUACGCGGCUGAAAUCAUCCUGGGUCUGGAGCACAUGCACAACCGCUUCGUCGUCUACAGAGACCUCAAGCCAGCUAAUAUCCUGUUGGAUGAACACGGCCACGUUCGUAUCUCCGACCUCGGCCUGGCCUGCGACUUCUCCAAGAAGAAACCCCACGCCAGCGUCGGUACUCAUGGUUACAUGGCUCCAGAGGUUCUUCAGAAGGGGACGGCGUACGACAGCAGCGCCGACUGGUUCUCCUUAGGCUGCAUGCUCUUCAAACUCCUCCGAGGGCACAGUCCCUUCAGACAGCACAAGACCAAAGACAAACAUGAGAUCGACCGCAUGACGCUCACCAUGAAUGUGGAGCUGCCAGACUCUUUCACUGCAGAGCUCAAAGAUCUGCUGGAGGGGCUGCUGCAGAGAGAUGUGUCCAAGAGGCUCGGCUGCCAGGGCCGAGGAGCCCCAGAGGUGAAGGAGCAUCAGUUUUUCAAAGGCAUUGACUGGCAGCAGGUUUAUCUCCAGAAGUACUCUCCUCCUUUAAUUCCUCCCCGGGGAGAGGUGAACGCCGCAGAUGCUUUUGACAUAGGCUCUUUCGAUGAGGAGGACACCAAGGGCAUCAAGUUGCUGGACAGUGACCAGGAGCUGUACAAGAACUUUCCUCUGGUGAUCUCGGAGCGCUGGCAGCAGGAGGUGGCGGAGACGGUGUACGAGGCGGUCAACUCGGACACGGACAAGAGCGAGGCUCGCAAGAGGGCCAAGAACAAGCAGCUGGGCCACGAGGAAGACUACGCCCUGGGGAAGGACUGUAUAAUGCACGGGUACAUGCUGAAGCUGGGGAACCCGUUCCUGACUCAGUGGCAGCGCCGAUACUUCUAUCUCUUCCCCAACCGUGUGGAGUGGAGGGGAGAGGGAGAGUCACGGCAAAACCUGCUGACGAUGGAGCAGAUAGUGACGGUGGAGGAGACGCAGAUUAAAGACAAGAAGUGCAUCCUGCUGCGCAUCAAAGGAGGGAAGCAGUUUGUGCUGCAGUGUGAGAGCGACCCGGAGUUCGUGCAGUGGAAGAAAGAGCUGACCGAGGCGUUCACAGAAGCUCAGAAGCUGCUGCGCCGCGCCCCCAAAGUCAUCGGGAAAGGCCGGGCCGGAGUGGUGGAGCUCUCCAAACCUCCUCUCACACACCGCAAUAGCAAUGGCCUGUGAAUACACACACACACACACACACACACACACCACGUAUAUGAAUAUAUAAACACACACACAUACACACACACUGCAUCCCACCCCCUCCUCCUCCUCCUCCUCCUCCCUCCUCUUCAUCGGCCACAGACUCCCUCCCACCACAGACGGAGCAUCAGCCUCUCACCAAACACACACACACACACACACACUCUCCACACGACGACCAAUCAGAAUUUAGGUUUUUUGUUUAUUUCCUGUCACGGGACCUCGCCAGUCGCACCCGGAGGACGAGAGGAGGAGGAGGAGAAACAUUCAGGAGGAGUCAGCAUGUGAAGAACCUCUGCAUGAAUGUGACGAACAGACGCCCCGUCCUCUCCUCUCUUUUCCACUGUCCUCCCCCCUCCUGUCUCCCCCCCCCUCACCCAUCCACCACGGCCGUCUCCCUCUGUCUGAAUCAGGUGAAUCUGGAACCAGGACCCCACAGUGGCCUGAUGGACUCCUCCAAAACCCCCACAGAGCUCAUGAUCUGAUUACUGAGAGACUGAGAGGCGUUCCUCUGCUCCCCCUUUCUCUCCUCCCUCUCUUAUGGGGGGGGACAAAACAACAACAACAACAACAACAACAAAAGCUGCUCUACUGGUUCCCCUCGCCCCUCCCUCUGAACUGUUCCUCCCUCCGUUACUGAAGUGCGUAAAGUGCCAACAUCAACAUUUACUUGAGUCAGCUGAGCGCCCAGGAGGAGAUCGCCCCCUGCAGGUGGAGGCUGGUUGGUGGUGGUUCUGGUUCUGGUUCUGGUGCUGGUGGGGGGGUGUUUGAUCAUUCCAAUGCAGAAAACCAGGAAGUACAAGGACCACAGACUCUUUCAGAUUGGCUCUUGUACAGCCAGUUACCAUAGAGACUGAGAUUUCAUUGGCUGACAAACAGCAGCCGGUUGCUGUGGGAACCACGAAGACUGGUUUACCUGGGGAUCUGUAACCACGGACAACGGUGUAACUAUUGUGUUAUGAAGGCUACACUUGCAGAAAAAGAGAUGAUAGCAGAGGGAGGGAGGGGGGAGGGGAGGGGGAGGGAGGAAGUGACUCUGAGUGUAUAUAAGCAACCCUUUCUCUGUGCAUCUCCAGUGUUUUAGUCUAACGUGUUUGCAUUAUCGGGGACUUCUCUGUCUGCCUGUUUGUGAAUCUGUCCUGGCUUUUAGGGAAGAGGAGGAGGAGGAGGAGGAGGAGGAGGCUCCUGCUGGGGGGGAGGGAGGGAGGGUGUGGACAGGCAGGAGCGUGACAGCUUUCCAUCACUCGCAGCGCUGCAUUACCUCAGUCGGACUGUGUCGGUUUGAAUUACGCUUUUUGACGUUUGUGUCGCCGUCUCGCAGCUUCUGGAAACAACGUGUCAUCGUCCGUCGCUCGCACACACUCGUCAUCCACGUAGGUUUACAGGUUGAGUCGGCCGGCGGCUGUGGACGGAACGAAGAAGACGAGCUGAAACUAAUUAAAGGAAAAAUCCACCCUCAAACUUUCACACAUGAACUCUGAUGUUCGACACAGUCCAGCUGCUUUUUGUUGCCUCAUGUAGUCCUGUACUGGUUGAGCUGGCCUACAUUUCCCAGAAAGCUGCAUGUUGUACGUCAGUGUAUGUUGAGGAAACAGUGAGGGAGUUAAUAACUGAAUCUAAACUCGUUUCAUUCGACCAAAACACAAAAUACUUUUUACAAUCACAUGUCACAUUCGAGAAACGACUAAUCAGCAAUUAUAAGAAACUGUUCUGCAGCUCUGCUGUUGAGUGUUGCAUUCUGGGACUUAGUGUUUCCUCAGCAGGGAAAAGGAGAAGAGUUUCAGUCAGAGGCAGGUGCAGUUCAGGUGUUUCAGGGUGGAGUUUUCCUCAAAGUCUUUUUAUGAUCUUAUGUCUUUCUUUUAGUUCAGAUGAGGUGAAACCUUUUUUUUUUCCUUCGCCAGCGUCGUCGAAGUUUGUUCAUCGAAACGCACACAGUCGCAGUGUUUGUUGGAGGCUCGGCAGCAGAGGAGCGGGAACAGGAACCAAUCUCUCGUCAGAUACAUUCAUUUAAAAAAAGAAACAUUUUCAGGGUUUUUAUUUCUCAUGCAGUACAGUGUCCUUGUCUGUGAUGUCCAUGCAUUUCCACAGCUGUGACGUGUGACCUACAGUAGGAAGAGGGUUGGUUUUGGGGGCGGGGGGAGUGGGGGGGGGAGCAUUGUGAUUGUUUUUUUUUCUUUGUAGCCUUUACCAGUCAGGGGGAGAUAUUAUCAUCUUAUAGAGAAAUUUCGUCACCUCUCAAGGUGUCUUUUAUUUUUGUAAACCAAAAUGGUUUUUAUUGUUUUCAUUGAAAUUUAUGUUGUUGCACCUUUUUAGCCCAAUGUGUUACUUAAUAGUUGUUAAAUGUGCCAAAUAACUGUUUGCAGAUUGAGUGGAACCAAUGGGAAGCCUCCUUUUCUGAACUUUGACCCUUCUCACCGCGCAGACUCGGCAGUAGCCAAAACAGAAAUUUAAAGAAAAAGAAGAAAAAAAAAAGAAGAAACACCACACACACACACACACACACACACACACAAACACAAACAAACACACACACACACAACUUUUGCGGUGGAAGUUUUGAAGGGUACAAAACUGUGACCAAACAUUUUCUGGAGAAGAAGUGUGUGUGAGUGUGUGUGUGUGUGUAUGAAUGAGUGUGAGUGUGUGUGCGGUUCAUUGAGAGACACACACGCACACCACCCAGCUCUGACUCGUUUUCUUUCACACUGUACGUUUGUCAUGUGAGUGCGUUUUCAUCAUCGCUUUGUAUGUUCAUCCAGUGGACUUUUUAUUUUUCAAUUUUGUUUUUGUCACACACACACACACACACGCACACACACACAGAUACUCAGCUCAAACACACGCUCAACACAAGACAAUUUAAAAAGGAUGGCAUAUAGGAAAAAAAUCAAAGUAUAUAUAAAUAUAUGUGUAUAUGAAAUGACAAAAUGCUCUAGGUUUAUUUAAAAGAUUUAAUGUAGAAAACAAAAUGAAAUUGUUUCGGGGGAGGUCGGGGGUUUUGAUGUGAGUAUAAUUGUUUGUGGUGAAGACUUCAGCUCGAAUCUUGCACAUAAAGACUUUAGAUAUUGUACCUGCGAGUUCCAGAUGAUUAUUUUUGUUUAAAAUACCGGACUCUUUGCUCUUUCAUAUUUAUUGCGUGUGUGGGGAGCUCCUCUCGCUCCGUCUCUCCUCCACGUGUCUGAGCUCUCCACCGAGAGCUCGCUGUAGAAAAUCCUCCGAGUUCCACCCAUCAGAAACUCUUUAUUUGUUUUGUUUUUCAUAUGCCACAGACAGACACAAAUACUACUGGCUUUGGGUUAUUAUUACCAUUAAGGUUAUGAUAAUACUGAUAUAUAAUUGGUAAUAUUAUUCAAUGAUUAUUAGUAAAUUUAUUUUAUUUCAAUGAUUUUUUUUCUUUUUGUUUUGUUUUUUCGAGACAGGUAGGAAGUUGCGUGUUGGACUGCUUGUAAAAACAGUUCAUGAAUAAAAAUCCUUUUUCCGUGUU